CUGUUGAUUUAGAUAAUAAAUCAUGGUUUUGGUAGCUUUAUACACAACUUAUAUUGUUGUUCUUAUCACUUUAUCAAUGUCUUUAAACUUGAUCAUAUGCUACGUAAUCAUCCGCAAAAUAAAAGCAAUUGAAAUACCGCACCUAUUUAUUUUGAGCAUUUCAAUAUCGGACAUAGUACACACCGUAGUUGGGCUUGUUUCUGAAGUUUGCGUGUUGCACAAAGUGACGUCAUUAAAAAAUAGCUAUGUAAGUGUCGGAGCUUCUUUUUUAACAUACUCUAUUUCUGUUUCAAAUAUUAUGCAAAUUGUUAUGAUAUCGGCUAUAAGGGUUGUUGCAUUGAAACGUCCUAUGUUUUACUUUGAAAACUGUGACAAAGUUAAGUACAAAAUGGCAUCACUUUGUUGUUGUUACUUCUAUGGAAUACUUUGGGCGUCGUUUCCUUUACUUGGAUGGUCAAAAUAUGAAGAAGAUUUAGAUAAAAAGCGAUGUUCUUUAGAUUGGAAUUUAACCAAAUCAAAUACAUUUUCUUAUCUAAUGUUUGCAUUCAUAUUUUGUUAUAAACUGCCAACAACUUUGUUGAUUUGGGCGCUUAGAGUAAAACAUCAAACUGUGGAUGAACACCGCAGGUUUAGAGAAAAUCGUCCAAACGAACAAAUUGAAAUAUUAGAAAAAGCUUAUUUAAAAGUAUUGUUGUGUUCUGCUAUUGCUUACUUUGUUGUUUGGACCCCUUAUUCUGUGGUCAGUUUACUUUCAAUUUUCAAAGUAAAAAUCCCAAGUAUUAUAUUUACAUUUUGUGCAUUAUUUGCAAAAUUGUCAGCGGUAUUAAAUGCGUUGGUUAACUGUUACAUCAACAAAUCAUUUCAAGCUCACCUUCACGAUUUAAGGAUAUUUCAAUGUUUUCUAAAAGGGAAGAGGAUAGAGCAUAAAAAUAUUUCAUGGGCUGAAGAAACGCAGGUUGCAGAAACAGGCUUGACUUAAAAUAAAGAAAAGUGUAAUCUAAAAAA